AUGUCUUCAGACGAUCCAUACCGGACUGCCAGGCUUGGCGGGCUCCAGCAACCGCUAGCAGAUGCGGGCGCCGAAAUUCGAUUGGCGGUCCUUGCACCUGGCGCGUUUAAUGACCGAAUCAAUAUCACGUUCAAAGUCCAGCCACUACAUACUAGAGAAAGGCUUCUGCUCUAUCAAGAUAAUGAUGAUCUCGUUUGGGAUGCAUUGUCCUACGCAUGGGGAUCAGACAGGAAUGCGUCAGCUGUGGAGAUUGGUUGCAUGGAUGGAGCCUAUCUUCCCAUCACGCAUAACCUGGAUGUUGCACUACGGCACCUUCGUCACAAAGAUAGAAAGCGUUCUAUCUGGAUCGAUGCAAUUUGUAUCAACCAAUCUUCAAUAGAAGAGAAAAGCAAACAGGUUGCCAUCAUGGGCCACAUUUUCUCUCAGGCUGAUAACGUCAUCAUCUGGCUUGGCCCUGAGCGAGACUCAAGUAGAGAGGCCAUCGCAAUUCUUCGGCAGAUCGGUAACUCAGUCGUAGUCAAUUGGAACUCCGAGUUCAUGACACCUGCGAUCAGUUGCCCUGAGUCAGAUAAGCAUUUGGCAGAUAAGGAUACGGUGCUUCCCUAUCGUAAUGGCGCAUUCGUCCCCGUGUUACAGCUUUUCGAGCGCGAUUACUUCAAGCGGGUAUGGAUCCGACAAGAGGUCGCUCUUGCCACGCGGGCUACAAUACAUUGUGGCCAUGACCAACUUGACUCCAACACCUUCAAAACGGCUGUUGCAUGCUUGGUCUAUAAAGGCGUUUACUACAGCGCCCUCCUUGAUCGGCAAUUCCCAGAAUGGGACUACUUACGGACAUUAGUAUAUUUUAUCUUUACACUAAGACCAGCUACGUGCUCAUAUACUGUACUAGAUCGAUAUCUAGGCAACGCAGAAUGUCGAGAUCACCGAGACAGGAUAUACGCAAUGUUAUCCUUGAUGCGAGAAUCAGAUGCAUCAAUUGGAAUUAAGCCUGAUUACUCACUAACAACGCAAGAGCUGUAUUCAAGAGCAGCUGUGGGGGCAAUUGAAAUGCAUCAGGAUCUGACAUUGCUGGAGAAUUGUCGUAUCGCUACCAGAACUCUAGACAUACCUAGCUGGGUGCCGGAUUGGUCAGUGUCAUGGCAGGAUCCAAAUAUGAUCACAGCCUGGAGCGCUUGUGCAUGGAUCAGUCCCAGCAUUUCGGUUCUAGAUGCAAAGCGAAUCCGUGUCGCGGGAGUAUCGGUAUCCCGUAUUGCAGCAAUUGUUCGCGCUGAUGUUGGCGAGAUCAAAGACGAAGCAGAACGGUGCGAUGCUAUUGUAGAUGUAAUACGCGAGGUAGAAUCUUGCUCGAGAAAACUAGAGACAAAUCCAUUACCCGAGCGCAUUUGGGUCGAUGUAUUCUGUUUGACAGCUACGAAUCGACGCCAUGCAGAGGCUUACGAUCCACAAAAAACGACGUUCCCAACCUUCCAGCAAUACAUUGACGUCAUAGAAGCCAUUUGCUUCUUUCCAGAGCGGCUGAAGGACUCUAAAAUUCGUUUCAAAGAGGUCCUAGUGGAGCUCGCGGUAGCCUGGCAUAACUUGGACUUCUUCCUUACUACCGAUGCUUUGAUUGGACUCGCAAACCCGGGCAUAAAAGAAGGAGAUCAGAUCAAUAUCCUCUUGGGCAAUAGGUUUCCUGUGGUGCUACGCCCUCAGGUCCAUACUAUUCCACACGAGCCCAAGUCCUGGCAAGUUGUUGGGGUGGCUAUAGUUGGCACGUUGAUGAUGGGUGAGAUUUUUUAUGGCUGUGCAGAUCUCUCGAGGCUACAAGGGGUUCACCGUACUUAUGGUCCUAAUGGUGCCUCUCAGUCAAUAAAUGGGUAUGCAGUCGCCAUCAAAGAUUACCAGGCAAAACAACUCAUAACAGAUCCCGCCAAGUUUCUGGCUAAGAUGGGGAUCAAAGUCGAAUUAUAUCAAAGACGCCCCCAUCGCCUUGUCGUACUAGAAGAAACAUUUCGCGCUACUGGUGUAGACUUACAAGACUUUACACUAGUCUAAAAGUGUCACUCUAGCAUAAAACCCUAUGUAAAGAAAACAAGCCAAAACAUAUACUACAUUGCUA